UGAAGAUCAUGAAGAGAUAAUCAUACGGUGUCGAGCCAUUAUCAGUGGAUAAAACUCGUGGGUAACAGCUGCCAGGGUCAAGUAUGAUCAGCUGCUCGAAGUUUUGCGUAGCAGUUUGGCUCGGGACGGCGCUGGCAUUGCGCACAGCCACUCUGCGCACCACCCCCCGGCGCUGGCCGACGCGCACGGCUGGAAACGGACGUGGCUUCGUGACGCCGCAAAUGGCUCUCGAUGGAGGCCCGAAGCCGCCGCAGCGGAUGCCUCAAGCCGCCCCGGACGCGACGCAGCCGCUGGAGACGACGCGGCGCACGGCGCUCUACGCCGCCGGCGCGUGCGCGUGCGGCUGUGGCCUGUAUCUCGCGACGAGCGAUGACGAAACGUUCGUCGACGCCGCGCAAAUCAAGCUCAACGACGCCGCAAAGGCGAGGGACGAGCGGUUCGCGCGCGUCAUGAGCUGUGUGGAAUCAAAUUGUCGCGGCGCGUCUCGAAUCAUGGCCUCCACGCCAUCGACGCGACGUUCACACAGGUCAUGAGCGGUGGGAUGCGCGACUAUGAAGGUUGGGAAGAAGUAAGGGCGUUCAAGACCGACCUCUUCGCCCACGUCCAAAAAAACGACGACGUCGUCGAGAUUGGGAUAGGCAGCGCGCCGAACCUCCAGUAUUAUGGCUCCAAAGCGAAGCGCGUGCGCGCCGUCGAGCCGAACGCGGCCUUUUUUGACUUGGCGGCGACGCAAGCCCAGUGGGAAGACACGACGCUCGACGUCGUCCAGGGCGUCGCCGAGGCGAUGCCUUUUGAAGAUAACUCGGUCGACGUGGUCGUGGGCACGAUGGUCCUCUGCUCCGUCACCAGUGUAAGGAAGGCCUGCGAGGAGGUGAAGCGGGUCCUGAAGCCCGGGGGCCGGUAUUUAUUUACGGAGCACACGCGCGCGCCGGAGGACUGGCGGUUGCUGAACGCGGCGCAGACGGUCAUGGACCCGCUCCAGAACGCUUUGGCGAACGGCUGCCACUUGCGGCGGGACCCGCGGCCUACGAUAGAACGGGUCUUUGGCACGGGAAAUGUUGAUGCGCGGUCGUUCGUGCUCUCCAAUACCCAACGGGGGCCGCCGUGGCCGCCGCACUUUUUGCUGGCGCCGCAUCUGGUGGGGGUCGCGCGGGUAUAAUUAUUUAUUCUA